AAUGGCAGAAAAGCCCAAUUUCGAAUCUUAUUUCCAACCUCCCAACAUGAAAUCUCAAAACACGACUAUAGCAAAAGAUGCGUACAAGUUCGUUUACACUGCCAACGAAGCAGCAUCAGAAGGCGUCACCGAACCCAAGAGACUUCCAAUGCUGAUCAAAAAGACGAUGUCACUCGCUCGGGCUCCAAUCUCUACGUACAAAGUCGGAGCCGUUGGGCGCGCAUCAUCGGGUCGGGUCUACUUAGGAGUCAAUGUCGACUUCCCAGGUCUUCCUCUUAACCAAUCCAUCCAUGCAACGCAGUUCCUCGUCACCAACCUUGCCCUCAACUCCGAGGAAGGCCUCCGUCAAUUAGCCGUUGGUGUCUCUACCGACGGCAUCGAGAUCGGCGCGCCGUGCGGAAACUGCCGCCAGUUUCUUUUGGAGAUCAGCAACGCACCUGACAUCAAAAUCCUAUCUAGAUCAAAGCGUGUAGAAGCAUCAUUCACGACCCUUAAGUGCCUCUUUUCAGACAGAUUAACCCCGGACCAGGUCCUCCCAAAGGGUACCCCUCUCCUUCUCGACAAGCGCGAUAACUACCUGAGCCUCCCGAGUCCUGUCCAAGGAGAGAUCUGCUCAGAAACAGAUUGUUCCCAUUUGAAGUGUAGGGCUCUAGCCGCGGCAAACAGUUCGUUCUCUCCGUACACUGACUCUCCGUCGGGAGUGGCACUGCUUGACAACGAGGGGAACGUGUACCGUGGAUGGUACAUUGAAUCAGUGGCGGCUAUCCCUAGUUUGGGGCCAGUACAAGCUGCGCUGGUUGAUUUUGUGGCUCGUGGCCGAGGCAAAGGGUUCGAUAAGAUCGUCGGAGCGGUGCUGGUGGAAAAAAGUAUUGCCAAUGUGAGGCAAGAGCGCACCGCGAAGAUGAUUUUAGAGACUAUAGCAGAUCCCAACUGCGAUUUCAAGGUCUUCUAUUGUAAGGACGAUCUCGGACAAAAACUGAUGACCACUAGGUUUCGUUUUUAAUCUAUCAUAAUUUUGCUAUGUUUGGUUGGGUUCAUGAAACCUUUUAAUAAUGUCAAUAUGAUAAAAUCAUAAUUAUGCUGUUUUAUCUUUGUGGGUUUAUCGUUCGUGUUACCUUUUAGUAAUUUCAAUAAAAAUAAUAUAUUCA